AUGAUAUUAUAAUUGUCACUCCUAGCUAUUUUAGGAAAUGCCUACUAAUUACUAAAAACAAUUGAACUAGAAGUAAUCAACAAUAUUUCAGAAAAAUUAAACCUUGAAACCAAUAACGAAAGCUUGCUUUUAGCGUUCUAUUUUGAAAAAGCAAGUUAUCCUUUGGCUCUAGUCUCAAAUGAGAAAAUUAUUGACUCAGAUUUCAAUAGGACAACUAAACCAAAAUUUAUUGAGAGUAGAAAAGAAAUUUAUUUUGACUAUGAGUCCAUAUAGACCCAUAAUAAUAUACAUUUAAUUGAAAUUUCAAAAGGGAAUGAGGUUUAUUAUUAUAUUAGAAAUGGAUUUAAACCUUUUAAAGUAAAAUUAGAAGUUUAUUCGAAACCUCACUCUACAUGUAUAAACAACUGUUAAGGUUAUUCUUUAAAUAAAAUAAUUCAAAAUGCAAGCUGCACUUCAAAGUGUGAAUGUUAGAGUGGAUAUUUUGGAUCAUACUGUUAAUUUGAACUAUAAAAUAUUGAAAAAGAUGUAGAGUAUGAAAUUCAAUUGAUGGCUCGUAAGAUUAUAUAUUUAUCUUACUAAUUCAAUGAAUAGGCUGUGUUAAUUGCAGAAGAUGUGAAUGAACCAAUAAGUAAGUUAUUUUUAUAUAUUUAGCUGUAAGUUUUGGAAUUUUAGGUUUGAAAGGUUAUGAAAUACCUGAUUCAACAUCAUAUACAGCUAUUUUACAUAAUUAACUUAGUCUAACAAAAUUGAUGCAAAAUUUACAUUCAUAGUUUAAGAAUUCUUCAACUCUGGUAAUUGGUUUGUAAUGUAAAACUAAUUAAACAUUUAAAUUACGUAUAAAAUAAGAAUAAAUUCCAAAAAUAUGGGAUGGUAAUUGGAUAUUUUUGAUUUUUGCAUCCUUCAACAUUUUUAUUAUAAUUAUUUGUUUUGGUAUUACAAACUUAUGUAAAAAGAAGGAUAUUAAAAUUAAAAAAAAGAAGAUUAAAGUAAGACCCCCUCAAAUAUAGGAAAAUCCAAAAAAUUUUAGUGGAUAAUUUUUCGAUAAAUACUUUGAAAUAUUUGAUUAUGAAGAUUUCAUUAAAUAAAAUCAAGAAUAUUAAUCAAAUACAUAAUGUGUAGUAUGCUUAGAUAAUUUAAAUCAAAAAGAAAUUAGUGUAAAUAUUUGUGGACACAUUUUUCAUCAUCUAUGUUUAAAGAAAUGGUUGAUGAAAGUGUUAACAUGUCCAUCCUGUCGAUAGUAGAUUACUUAUUAAUAAGUGAUCCAAGGAGGUUGGAUAGGAAGUAAGCUUUCUUAAAGCCCAUUGCAUCCUAAAUCUAAUCCAAAUUGUUAAUUAGUUAAUGAUAGUAAUAUACUUAUUGAGAAUAAUGAUAAUAUAGCAAUUGUUGAUAAACAAGAUAAUAAUGAAAAUUAGGAUUCUUGA